AUGGAGGUUGACGGGACCCACGUGGAGUUUGGGGAGAUCCCCCUGGCAGCUCCCGCGUCGUCCCACAGCAUGAGGUUCUCGGCUCUCCUCUGGCUGGCGGCUCUGGCGGGGGCCCUGGUCUCUGCCGGACCAAGGGGGAAGCGUGUCUCCUUGAGCCCACGAACUCUCCCAAGGGCCGAGGAUAAGGCGCGGGAGGCGGGAUGGACUCGCGUGGGUCAGGUUCAGUCCUCACCGCCGCCUCUUUCUCCCGCUGCAGAAGGUGACUCCUCGGAUCCCGCCCCAGGGGCUGCGGCCGCCGACCCCGGAGGCUCGACACUCGCCGCGGACCCCGCUGUGCCCCAAAAGGCGGCCCAGGAGCCCGAGGGCGCUGCCCCGCAUGGAGAGGACCAGAGCCCACUGAAAUCCCUGCUAAGCAGAGGUCUCACGCUCGCAGGACAAGGCCUAGAAGGAGCAGAAAAAAGGCUGGAUAAGGGACGUCAAUUCGGGAAAAGUCUUUAUGACCGUGGAGCCGAAUUUGGACGAAAUCUGAAAAACCUUGUUCCACAAUUCAAUUAGAUUGAGUCUGAGACGCCAAAGAGGAGGGGUCCCGGGACUCCAG